GCUCUUUCUGUAUCAGUUAUACCAAAGUGUAACUGUGCGGAUUGGUACAAAACAAAACAGCUGUGUUUUUACUGAAUAGAGCAAUUUUUUUUUGCGCGUACUGCUAAAAUGGCUAACGCUAAGAUAGAGCGGGAGAGUUUAGCAACUCAAGCGCCACUAACUCCGCACGUGCGUUCUCUCUCUCUCUCUCACACACACACCAAAAUACUGCAAGAUUGUGCGCUGGAAUAUGCUCUAGAAACACUCUCGCGACACUGUAAUGGCACACACCUAUCGGUCUGUGCUUUCACACCACGUGACUAAAAUACCUUACAGCCCUUGAGCACGACACCGAUUUAAAAAACGGUCAGAAAACACAACAAUCCUAUUAUUCAGAUAAAAGUCUAACUUCUAAUAUUUAAUGUUAACACAGUUGAUAAAAGUUGGCUAACAAAUGUGUGUCAAAAAGGAGGCCCACUGUCUCUGAUUCUGAAAACCCCUGACAUAUAAGACCCUUUAGAAUAUUAUUCCAUACCCAAUAUGUACAAAAGCCUUAAAUUAAAUAAGCCUAAAGAAAAAUCUAAAUAAAAUAUAAACUGUUAAAGCACUAAGACAUUACAGUCUGAACAUCAUGACUUUCUACUAUUCACCUAAUGCAGUAUUUAAGUUAAAAUACAGACAUGACUUAGAUGAACAAUAGACCAGAACAGACAGCCCCUGAUGUUUUCAAAUCCUAGAAUAAUCCCUGAGUUAUUCCAGAGUGUUUACACAUGUCGAGAGCCUUUUGAAGGACAACAUAACAUUAGUUAAUUUCUAGUUAGACUCUGUUUGUUCUGUCUGUAAUUUCAUUUAUUUUUAUAUAAUCUACAGGAAAGUUGUAUUUGUCCAGCUCUAAGCUGUUCCCAAUUACUGACCAAUCAGAGACUGCUAUGUUUUAAGUUGACAUGUUGCACAUGUUGCUUGCCAAUAAAUAGUUAUCAAUUCAUGAUAUUCUUCUUCUCAUAAUUUUAAUAUUUUAAUUUACAUUGUUAAAUAUAGUUUACUAAAUAAUGCUAUAUGAUAAGGCUUGAAAUAGACCCUGUAAUCAGUAUCCGUCGAUACAGUUUCUAGUGAUCGGAGAUCAGUGAUCGGCCACAAAAAUCCUGAUCGGAGCACAACAGUACCUCGCCAUUGCUAGGCUUCAAACAGGAUGUUCUCAGAGGGAAGUGGCCACUGAGCUUAGAGUGUCACAGAGUGUCAUCAGCAGGUUGCGACAGAGAUACAGAGAGACUGGAAGAGUCACAGAAAGGCAUAGAAGUGGAUGUCCUUUGGCCACAUCCCAUGUUGAUGACUGCUUCAUUGUGAACAGUGGCCUGCGGAACCAGAUGAUGAAUGCCAAUCAACUCCAGGCACAUUUAAGGGAGGUGAGAGGCGCCCAAGUGUCACGUUAGACCAAUCGAAACCAUUUACAUUAGCGUGGUCUGCGUGCUAGACAACCUGGAAGGGUACCUGACUACACCACCAGGCACAGGCAUCAUCGUCUUGCAUGGGCCAGGGAACAUUUAUGCUGGACGAGGGAUUCACGUUGAGCAGAAAUGAUGGCCUCCAACAAUGUUGGAGACAUCAAGGAGAGCGCUAUGCAUCAGCCACUGUUGUCACCAGACGAGCCUUUGGUGGUGGUGGUGGUGGUGUUACAGUCUGGGCAGGUGUGUCUACUCCAUACAGAACUACCCUACAUCUUGUGAAUGGUACAGUGACAAGCCAAUACUACCUGAAUAACAUCAUUAAUCCAGUCAUUGUGCCCCUGCAUGAACAACACGGGCCUAAUUUCAUCUUCAUGGACGACAAUGCUCCAGCUCAUUGAGUUCGCAUCAUUAGGGAAUGGCUGCUGGAGGCUGGGGUACCUCAAAUGGAGUGGCCUGCACUUUCUCCAGACCUGAAUCCCAUAGAAAACCUAUGGGAUCAGCUGAGUCACCAUGUAGAGGCUCGUAAACCCAAGAACCUCAAUGACCUGAGGGCCGCCCUUCAAGAAGAGUGGAAUUGUGGUAUACCCACCACUGUUGUUGGCUUUUGUUUCAGUAAAUUGUUUGAGAUGAGGAAAUCACCAUUGCAUGCUUCUACUUAAAUGCCCUACUUUCAUGAUAUAAUAUCACUGUAGUGUGAACUUUUUACAUUUUACAUAAAUUUCACCCAAAAGCCAAAUAUCCUUAACUUUUUGUGAGUAGUGUAUGUGUGUGUUAUUUUAGAGAAAAAGAACUGUGUCCAUGACCAAGCAGAUAAUUGUAACUGCAGAAGGAAAGAAAUAGGACUUAUGUCCUAAUUGCAAGAUAAGGUGAUAAUAAAGGUUUCAACACAUUCUACUGAAUAUUGGCAAUUGUGUUCGGACAAUGAGACUUUUGUGAGCUAAUCAGUAGAGAUAGUUACUUUCAUGUAUGAGAUUACAGUUUUGGCAGUAUUAUGAAAUAUUGUGUGCCUUUUCAGUAGGGCUUGUAGAGCUUGUGGAGACCUGUUGAAGCAGAAAUUAAAAAGCUUUAUUUUAAUACCAGGGUGAGAGCCAACUCAUUAAUAUGUCACUUACAACCUCAGGAUCACAUCAAGUGACCUACCAAAAGAAUGGUAAAUGACAGCAAGUCAUGCACAGCUAGAAAAAUCCCUUCAUUAAUGAGAAGCAAAGAAGAGCCAGGUUAAGGUUUUCAAAAAACCCAUAAGGAUUGGACCAUAAAGGACUGGGGUAGAGCAUUUUCACUGAUGAGUCCAGUUUUCAGCUUUGCCCAACACCUGGUCAUCUAAUGGUUAGAAGGAGACCUGGAGAGGCCUAAAAGACACAGUGUCACACACCCACUGUGAAAUUUGGUGGAGGAUUGGUGAUGAUCCAGGACACUGUUCCAUGCCACAUAGCCAGGUCAAUCAAGGUGUGGAUGGAGGACCACCACAUCGAGACUCAGUCAUGGCAAACCCAAUCUUCAGACUUAAACCCCAUUUGAAAACCUCUGGAAGGUGAUCAAGAGGAAAAUGUAUGGUUACAAUCCAUCAAACAAACCUGAGCUGUUUGAUUUUUUGUCCUAGAAGUGGCAUAAAGUCACCCAAAAGCAAUGUGAAAGAUUGGAGAGAAGGCAUGGCAGCAUACAAUUGUUUGACAGCUGCCAUGCACACUUUGAUAGAAGAGAUGGUGGGAUAUGAUUUUAGAUUAUUUAGUUUUGCUAGCAUUAAGUUAAUGUGUUAAACCUAGCAACAUUUUUUUAUUCAAUAAAAAUAAUGAGACCACAAUAUUGCAUGAUUUCACGAAAGGUGCAUUAUGCAGUAGGUUCACUGCUAUUUUUAAAAAAUAUAUUUAUGUUAAUGUUGAUUUUCUGUCUAAUAUUGUAAAUUUUUCACAUCCAGUUGAGUGGACACUGGCGCGUGCUUGCUGCCGCUGCUCUCCGGCAGUGUGUGUGUGUGUUUGUUUUGUUUUGCUUCCGAGGUCUGUUUGCCUUAUUACCUAAACUAUUCUGAGUUUUCGUCUACAAUGUGGGUCGGCUGGAUUUAUUUCUGGUAUGCCAUCAUUUGGCUUCUUCUGUUGCCUGCCUCCAAACCUGCGACAGGAUUGCUCCAGUACUCGGCUGCUGAGCUGCUCUGGCUACACCUUCACGUGUCGGAGCCUCCGCCGGCGCUACAUCUCUACCCAGAUAUUGCUCGCCUGCCUCGUCAUCGAUACAUCCAUCGAGGGUCGCCUCAGAGUUUCCACUUCGACAACCCUACGGGAAUAAAAUCCACCUGGACUUCUUCUCGACGUCCUUCGUGCUACACUGGCCGGGGUGUUGAUCACAGUGUGUUAGCUAGACCAGGUAGGUCGGCUAAUGCUAAAUAUCCGCUCUCUUACAAGCAAGAGUCAUCAUAUCCAGGAUCUCCUCAUCGACCGAAAGUUUGACUUUUUCUGUUUGACAGAAACUUGGCAACAACCCAAUGACUUUUCUGCCCUUAAUGAGUCCACUCCUCCUGGGUUUGUUUAUAUCUGUAAACCUCGUGGCUCUGGCCAUGGAGGUGGUCUCGCGAUUAUUCAUCGUGAGAAGUGGAAAGUCUUGCCAGUCUCCGCUCCUGCAUUUGACUCUUUCGAAUCAACUGUGUGUGAACUCCCUGGGCCCACUCCCACCAUCGUUGCAGUGGUUUAUCGCCCCCCUAAACCAAAAAACAAUUAUACAUCUGAUUUUGCUGCUUUUCUCACCCACUUAAUCACUCUUUCCUCAAAUAUAAUAUUGUUGGGUGACUUUAAUAUACAGAUAUGACAAUAUUAACCACCCUCUUACUAGAGACUUUGUUGCCUGUCUUGAGAGUUUUGGUUUCUGGCAGCAUAUUGACUUUCCUACUCACUCAAAGGGACACAUUUUGGAGUUAAUUUGCUGUUCUGGUCUUACUCCUUCGGUUUGUACUGCUGAUGAUCUCCCUAAAACUGAUCACUUACUUCUCUCAUUCAAUGUUCAACUCUCUCUUUCUGUAAUCAAGCUACCUCGUAUCAUCUCAUUUCGCAAUAUUAAGGACAUCAAUUCUGAUGCUCUUUCCUGUAGUAUUGAUAAUCGUAUGAACAUUAACAAUUUAUCCAACCCUGAUGAUCUGGUUCUUCAUUAUAAUGAUGGUCUUAAUAGUAUUCUUAACUCUCUUGCUCCUCUGAAAACAAGGACAGUCACCUUUUCUCACCUUUUACUUCUGAGCUCCGGCUAAUGAAAGCCAAAUGUUGUCAGCUUGAACAGCUUUAUAGGAAAACUGGUCUUACUGUCCACAAAUAUUUGUACAAAAGUCAUACUAUGCACUAUAAGAACUGUAUUGUUAAUACUAAAUCCAGGUAUUAUUCUGGUUUAAUAUGUUCCUAUGAAGGCAAAACUAAGAUGCUGUUUUCACUCUUCAAUACUGUUUUUAGUCCCCAAUGUUCUUUGCCUUCUCAUCUAUAUUCAUCUGCCUUUUGCAGCUCUCUGAUGUCCUUUUUCAAUGAUAAAAUAUACAAAAUUCAUCUGCACUUAGGCUCACCAUCCUCCCUUACUAGUUCUUCUGAAUCUUACCCUAUUCCUUAUCCUUUCUCCGCUUUCCAGUUUCCUACCAAUUCAGAUAUUUCAGAUCUUAUACAUAAGUCCAAGUCUUCUACUUGUUCGCUGCAUCCACUUCCCACUGUUCUGGUCAAGGCCUGUCUUCCCUCUCUGAUUCCUCUUAUUUCUGCUAUCAUUUGCUCCUCUCUUACUACUGGAAUUGUUCCUAUCCCACUUAAAACUGCCGCUAUUACUCCUAUUCUGAAAAAGUCUGGUGCUGAUCCUAGUAAUUUAAAUAAUCUCUGCCCUAUCUCCAACUUACCUUUUCUUUCAAAAAUCCUUGAAAAAAUAGUUGCUUCUCAACUUCAUUCUCAUUUAACUUGUAAUAACUUGUAUGAACAUUUCCAGUCUGGUUUUCACCCUUUUCAUAGCACUGAAACUACCCUUUUAAAAAUUACUAAUGACCUUCUCAUGGCAGCUGAUUCUGGUUCAGUCACCAUUCUUAUUCUUCUUGAUCUAAGUGCGGCCUUUGAUACCAUUUCUCAUACCAUCCUUCUUAAUCGACUUAUCUCAGUUGGCAUUACUAACACCCCUCUUGACUGAUUUAAAUCAUAUCUAUCAGAGCGCACGCAGUUCAUCAAAUUACACUCUUUUAGUUCCAAAUCUUCCCCUGUUAACUCUGGAGUCCCGCAAGGUUCUGUCCUUGGACCUCUUCUUUUCAUCAUCUACCUUCUUCCUCUUGGCAAUAUCUUUCGAAAAUACGGUAUUCUAUUCCACUGUUAUGCGGAUGACACCCAACUCUAUUACUCUAGCGAACCUAAUGCUACCCUCCCUCCUUCCUCUCUUCUUGACUGCUUUAAUGAACUCAAAUCCUGGUUCUCUUCCACCUUCCUCAAAUUAAAUAGUGAGAAAACUGAAUUUCUUUUAAUUGGUACUAAAUCAACUUAAUAAAUAAUAAACUCAAAUAAAUAGCUUCUCCCUCUCUAUUGACAAUUCUAUUGUUUCCCCUUCUACUCAGGUUAAGAGUUUGGGUGUCCUCCUGGACAGUACACUCUCAUUUCAAUCACAUAUUAAUAACAUUACCCGGUCUGCAUAUUUCCAUCCACGUAAUAUCAACCGUCUUCGUCCUUCCCUUACACAGAAUGCUACUGCUAUUCUUGUUCACAAUCUUGUUACCUCACGUAUUGACUAUUGUAACUCCCUUCUUUUUGGUCUUUCUCAUAAAUCUCUUCUUAAACUUCAACUGGUUCAAAACUCAGCAGCUCGUAUCAUCACUAAAAACUUUCAUUUCACCACAUCACUCCGGUUUUGCAGUAGCUUCACUGGCUUCUGGUCAAGCUUCGCAUAGACUUUAAGAUUCUUCUUCUCACUUUUAAAGCUAUUCACAAUCUUGCCCCUUCUUACUUGUCUGAUCUUCUCCAUAUUCAUGUUUCCUCUCGUUCUCUUAGAUCUGCCUCUUCUCUUCAUCUUUCUGUGUCUUCUGCUUGUCUCGCCACCAUGGGGCAGAAGGCUUUCUGUUGCCCUGCUCCCUGGCUCUGGAACUCUUUACCUCCUGACAUCCGUAACCUUGACUCUCUGUCUAUCUUUAAAUCUAGACUCAAGUCCCACCUGUUUAAGCUUGCUUACUCUUCCUAAAUCUUACUUGCCCUCUCACAGUCACAGUCUUCUGUAUAAUUUUUUGUUGUUAUUGUUGCUUUUUUUUUUGUCGUAUUGUUUCUAUGUGCUUUGUUUUGUCACUCAUUGUUCGGUGUCCUUGGGUGUUGAGAAAGGCGCCUAUAAAUAAAGUGUAUUAUUAGUAUUAUUAUUAUUAUUAUUAUAAAGUAGCAUUUACAAUAAUUUUUUACAAAAAGUUAGUGUCACAGUGAUCUUCCUGUAAAGCAAAGGGUAUCAUUAAGCCCAGUCUUCUCAUUUCAGAUAUGUACUUUACACUUCUCUCACUUAACUGCCUUGUUAUGGAUUAAUAAAGGUCUGCCCCACUUGUGUGACAAGGAGGUUUAUCUUCCAUAAAGCAUAGUCUUUAUCUUAGUCUAGUUAAUGUGUGUAAAUAUCUUCAGCCAGUACUUCCAUUUUCUUGGUCCAGUGGUUUCUUUAAUAAAUGAGAGGUCACUAUGAACUGCCCUUUUCUUAGUACUGAGCUAUUACACUGUUAACCCAAAAGUUGUUUCUAUGCAAACAGUUUGAGUAAAUAUCACUUUUAAAAAUGAGUUUUAUUGCAUUACUUAAACAGUAUGAGUACAUGAAACAAUCACUAGGGGGACUCAAUCUUGUAAGUUUAAAAAACUUAAACUAUUAAGUUUUACCUAAGGCCACACCCCUGUUGCAGCUGAUUGGCUCAAGAUUCAAGACUAGUCUGGGCUUGUUUGUUGGAGGAUAUUGAGAAAAUUGCACCUUUUUCUUAAUUUCACAGUAAAUUUGGUCUUUUCUGCAAUUUACCUUCUCCUUGGACAAGUACGUUUUCUGCCUGUAACUUAACUGCAGUAACAUGCAGUUGAAAAAAACAGCAUUUGCAUUUUUCUGUUUUUCACAAGUUUGGACUAUUUUAAAUGACAGGUGACUGCAGUAAAGAAGAGGCCAUUUUCUUGGUGAACUUAAAUCUUAAUGAUGGAGUGUCCUUGGACAUUCCAGUGGGAAUUCUCUGCUAUGAGGACAACAGAGCCACAAGCCAGCAUCACCACAACUGAACCCCUCAAGAGUGGGAAUUAUCUUAGGGGGCAGCUUUGUAAUGGAUGCAUUCAGCAACCUGCCUCAAGCUAUAUGCCUCUUGUUUGGCUUUACCUAUGCACUCCACUUGGAGUACCCGAAGUGCAUGAAAAACACUUUAUUCUUAUCUUUAUUCAGCAGGUAAUGCUAAACGUAGGUCAAAGUGAGCUACCACCGAAGGUUCAAAAGCUGAAGAAUGAUCUUGCAGUGUAAGACAUUUAUGAUCAUGGCACAAUUUCAAAUAUUCUUGCUGUUGCUCAUUUUGUAAUAUGUUUCUAAUGGUUUUCUUAUAAUAUAUGUGAUUGUUAAAAAUGUUUGUUUAACUAGAACUGAAAUUGUUUAACAGAGGACACAUUUUAGAAAGUUGUGUUUUGUAUAUUUAGCAGGUAAAGCAGAUUUUCAUUCCAAAAAAAAAAAAAAGUUCCUGUAAACCAAGGGUUCCCAAACUCUGGUCCUCAAGGCCCAAAGUCCUGCUUGUUUUCAAACUACCAUGCCUGACUGAACACACCCAAUCCAGGUAAUCAGCAGUUUGCAGGGCAGGGUUAGUUGGAAAACAAGCAGGGCAGUGGGACUUGAGGACCUGGUUUGGGAACCCCUGCUGUAAACAAAAUGGUUUCAUGUUGAAUGUUGUAACAUAUUGUGCCACUUAAAGUUUAAUGCAGUUAAACAAACAAAUAAGCUUUAAACAGCUUUAAAUGACAAGAACAGUUAUAUAACCAAA